ACAUUCAAUUAUCAUCUGGUAAUUAAAAAAAAAAACAAUUAUCUGAAAAACAUCUAUCAAGCUUGAAGGCGACGCAUUUUCUUAUCAAAAAAAAAAAAGAAACUUCCUUUUGUAAAUCGACGGAGGAGACAGAGAGAUUUGAUCGAUUGAUGGAACUGGUCCCGUACGACUCGGAGACGACGAAAUCAUCCAUCCCGGAAAACCUCGCCUGGCAAGACAUGUUCCGCUCCGCCUCAACGCGUAAACCUCAAGACCCUUCUCCUCCUCCGUCUUAUCCGCCGCGAAACCCUUCCGCCGCCGAUGGAGGAGGAUCCGGGAACCCGUCGCUAUCCUCCGUCGAUUCCCAGGCCCGUCUCGCAAUCUACAUAGCCAUGGCCCACGCCGGCCUCGCCUUGGCCAUCUUCGUCCUCUACUUCGUGGGAAAACUCCUGCAGGAGUAUCUCCGACCGAUCCAGUGGGCGAUCCUCUGUUCGAUUCCGCUGAGAGGCAUCCAAGAGACCCUCGUCGAUUUCUGGAGCGAGCCCUUGAAGCUAGGGCUAACCGAAGUCAUCCUCGCUGUCCCCGUCUGGGUCUUCAACGUCUUCAUCGGAUCCCUCGUGGACAUUAAAAACGUGUGCUUUAGGGUUUUCCUCAGGAGAUCGAAACCCAAGAGGAAGAGAACCGGUGGGUUCUCGAGGUUGGUUAAAUGGUUAGUCUCCUUCGGUGUGUUCGUCAUUGCUUAUGAGAGGAUUGGUGCUAUUGGCUCUCUUGUGAUCCUCUCGUUAGGGUUUCUCUUUAGCUCCAAGAAUGUGGACUCCACGCUCUCUGCUGUGUCUUCCCUGAGGAGUAACAGUUUCAGGAGAAGUCAUUUCACUGCCUAUUUCACCAGAGGGAUCAUGACGAGGCUGAACACGAUCGUCGCUAUUGGUUUGAUUGUGUUGAUGAUUCUUGGCUCCUUGACUGGUGUCAUCUUCUUCUCUUAUAAGAUCGGCGUUGAAGGGAAAGACGCUGUUUACUCUCUCAAGUCUCACGUGGAAGAGAGCAAUUACGCUGAGAAGAUUGGGAUCAAGCAGUGGAUGGAUGAGAACGAUGUCCCCGGGAUGGUUGAUAUGUACUCGACGCAGUUCUACGAGACGGUUUCUGAGCAGAUUGAUAGCUUGGCAAUGCAGUAUAACAUGACGGAGUUGGUCACUGGGAUUAAGCAUUUCGUGAUCGGGCAUCCUCAGAACACGUCGACGCCGUCCACCGCGCUUAUAGCUCCGUCGCCUUACACUGAGAAGCUCAUGAGUUUGAGGAGUCGGGUUAAGAACCGAGAGUGGAGUCAGAUAUACUCGGAGGUGGAUGUGAUUUUCAGGGAGCUUAUCAUCACUAGAGAGGAUUUAGUGGAGAAAGCUAAAGGCUUUGCGGUUAAAGGAAUGGAUGUAUCGCAAAGGGUGUUCUCAAGCAGCGCUUCCGUUGUUGGGGGCGGCGCUAAGUUCGUUUUCUCUAUAGGAACCUCGAUCAUUUCAGGAGCUGCGGAGUUUUUCAACUUUGUCUCUCAGCUAAUGGUUUUCAUUUGGGUUCUCUACAUUCUUAUCACGUCGGAAUCAGGCGGUGUUACUGAGCAAGUCAUGAACAUGCUUCCCAUCAACGCAGCUGCUAGAGUCAGGUGCGUUGAAGUCCUAGACUUGGCUAUCUCUGGCGUGCUUUUAGCUACAGCGGAGAUCGCGUUCUUCCAAGGAUGUCUCACUUGGUUAUUGUUUAGACUAUACAAUAUACAUUUCCUCUACAUGUCGACCGUUCUCGCAUUCAUCAGCGCUCUGUUACCGAUCUUCCCUUACUGGUUCGCCACGAUCCCAGCGGCAUUGCAGCUGGUGCUGGAAGGAAGAUACAUUAUUGCAGUGACUUUGUCGGUGACUCAUCUUGUGUUGAUGGAGUAUGGCGCUUCAGAGAUUCAAGAUGAUAUUCCAGGGUCUAAUGCUUACCUUACUGGACUAAGCAUUAUUGGUGGAGUGACUCUGUUUCCUUCUGCUCUCGAGGGAGCUAUAAUGGGACCGUUGAUAACGACGGUGGUGAUUGCAUUAAAGGAUCUGUAUGCAGAGUUUGUCUUGAAUGAUCCGAAGAAGAUCGAUUAGCUGGUAUUGGUUUCUUUGAUAGGAGCUUCAAUUGCUUCUGCCAUGGCUGCUUUGUAUUUGGGAGAAGAAUCAUGUAGAUUAGUAGAGAGAGAGAGAGAAAGAGAGGGGAGUCUAUAUUGUUGAUUGUUUGAGAUUUGUUUGCUUUGGAAUGUAAUUUAUAAUGUGUAAGUAGUAUGUUUCUCUGUUGUAUUCUAUGAGGUCUGAUUCUUUGGGGGAAACCGUGUAAUAGUUUUUGGUUUAUACUAUUUGUGUUCUCUUGAAAUUGAAGUUCUACGAAUAGCAUAUGGAA